CAUCGAAUUUAUACACUACAAAACAGGCAAAAGAAACAUAGACAAAGGUUCUUUGUAAGCUGUGGUCCUCAACAGAUUUCUAAUUUUUUUGGGAGAUGAUAAGUUCCCACACGAAGCAUAGCAGCUCAUAGGUACUAUUAAAAUUGUAUAGAUGAAGAAAAAGAAGACUUAUGCUAUUAUUGGAAAAAAUAUCGUAUUCAAAACCACAAGUAAAAUAAUACUCAAUGAUUUAAAUAUCACUGUUGAAAAUCAAUCAAUUUACGCGGUUUUGGGUGAAAAUGAUUCGGGCAAGUCUGUAUUAUUGAAGUGUCUAAUAGGCAUUUUAAAAUUGGAUGGCGGUGAUGUAAGAUUACCAAACGAUGUCAGUAGCCAUGACAUAAGGAGCGUUGGUUGUAAUAAUGAGAUAAUGGCCGCAGGACGUCCCAACAUCGGGUUUUCCUUACAGGACUUCGACAUUCCGGGACCAAUGAAAAUAUACCAACUGUUGAACUACAUCAGUGCCAUCAAUGGACUUCUCAAAUACCAAACCAUAGAACGAUACCAUACUAUAGCAACGAUGAUUCAGAUACCAAUGUCCGACAACUUGGUCAGUCAACUGAGACCUUGGCAAAGGAAAGUUUUAUCUCUGGUGUUAGCAAUUAUACACGAACCCAAGCUGAUCAUUUUCGACGACAUCACUAGUGGCAUGGAUAAUGAAACACUGAAAAAAUUACACAAAACCAAUCAGGACUGGACCAUAGCGCCCAACAACAAAGCAUCUCAACGUAAAAAGGUAUCAAAUCCAACUAGUCCCACAUCACCCACGCUACAGCAGAUUUAUAAUAAUCAGCCAGUUCUACAUUUGUCCGGUCAAACAUUCGAUUACGAUAAUACGUUAUUUCAGUCACCUAAUAAGACUAUAUGGACACUUUUAUCGUUCAUAAAUGAAUCCAGAAAAUGUACAAUAAUUGUGUCGGCUAACAAUAAUUUUGACUUUAUGGAAACAUCAGUUACUCAUAUAGGAAUAUUGGUCAAUGGUAAAAUUGUAGAAGAAGACACGACAUUAAAUCUUUUAAAUAAAUAUGAAGCGUCGAACAUAAACUGUUUGCUAAUAAAAAUUAUUCUCAACGAAGAUGACCAAAUCGCUAUCUCGGAAAAUACAAAUAAGUCAUUCAACAUUGAAAGUCAUAUUAUACUCAAUGGUACGUCACCACUAAAUUCCAUGUUUAUUACAGAAAAUCAUACAUCUCAAAAACGAAAAAGCGUAUUACAAACACUGAUACUAAAUCAUUUUUGUCCUUUAGGUGAGAUAAAAUUAUUGGCAAGUCGCAGCUUACGUAAAAAAUAAACUAAUAGAACAUUACAAAGACUUUUUGUCGGAUUAUACGCAUAGACAUAGUAUGUUGACGGAUAUCAACUACGAAU